CGUACAAUAUUCCAAACCGUCCCCCUUCCCCUUCUCUCUCUCUGCUCGUCUUCUCUGUCAAGCAAAACUCUCCGUGGAGAAAUGGGGGCUGGGCGCGAGGUCCAAAGCUCGCUGGACGGACUGCGGGACAAGAACGUGAUGCAGCUGAAGAAACUCAACACUGCCCUCUUCCCAGUCCGCUACAACGACAAGUACUACGCCGAUGCCCUCGCUUCCGGCGAUUUCACCAAGCUAGCAUAUUUCAGUGAUAUAUGUGUUGGUGCAAUUGCAUGCCGGCUUGAGAAAAAGGAAAAUGGAGCUGUCCGCGUGUACAUCAUGACAUUGGGAGUUCUAGCACCAUACCGUGGGCUAGGCAUUGGUAAAAAACUGUUGAACCAUUCUCUUGAUCUGUGCGCCAAGCAAAAUAUUUCAGAAAUAUACUUGCAUGUUCAGACAAACAAUGAGGACGCCAUAAACUUCUACAAGAAAUUUGGGUUCGAAAUCACGGAAACCAUCCAGAAUUAUUACACAAACAUCACCCCUCCAGACUGCUACGUUCUUACCAAGUAUAUUGCUCAGUCAAAGAAAUAACACGUCAAAGCUAUCAAAUGGGGAAGUUGUUGCAUUAAAUUUUGACAUUUUUUAUUUCUAAAUUAUGCUAGAUGCUGUCUGGUUGUUAGAGUUAUAAACUUGCUAAAAUUUGUUCGGAAGCUAAGUUAUGUGACUGUUCAUCUGCUGUAUUUCUGGAGAAAUGAUUGUCGUUUGUUGAUCGGAUUAGCUUAUGAUCAUUUGAAAGUUUUCUAAUUUAUCAGGA